AUGGCUUCGAUGUUCAACUACUUUGGCUUCAAUGCCCCUGCCUCCAAGGGAGAAACCAAAGCUUCCCCAGUUCGUGCCUUGCCUGCAUCAUGGUACACUUCGCCUGAGAUGUACGAGCUGGAGCGUCGAGCCAUAUUUUCGAAAAGAUGGCUCUUCAUCACCCACAGCAUGCGGCUGAAGAACACCGGCGACUGGCUCCGCUACGAGGUUGCAGGUUUCGACUUCAUCAUCACUCGCGACCGACAGGGCGACAUCAACGCAUUCCACAACGUCUGCAGACACCGUGCGUACCCGGUAGUUGAGAAAGAGGGUUCCGGAAAUUCCAAAAUCCUCGCUUGCCGAUACCACGGCUGGUCUUACGGACUGAAUGGCAAACUCGCCAAAGCUACGAACUACCAAGAGCUGAGCGACUUCGAUAAAGAGCAGAACGGUCUUUUCAGGAUCCACCUUAAGAUCGACGUUAAUGGAUUUAUCUGGGUCAACAUGGAUGCGAAUGAAGUCCCAGAAGUGUCGUGGGAGGAGCAUUUCCGUGACGUCGACAAGCAAGAACGGUACAAAGCCUACAACUUUGACGACUACGAUUUUGACCACAACUAUGCGCUCGAGGGUGACUAUAACUGGAAGAUCCUGGCUGAUAAUUUCAAUGAAUGCUACCACUGCCCCACGACACACGCCGAUAUUCCUGAAUUCCUCAACCUGGAAUCUUUUGACAGCGAUCUCAAAGAUGGACACAUCCAACACCAUUGCGAGUCUACACCAGAGCAGAUCGAGAAGGGUCUUUACACUGCCAGUACCUACUACUUCCCUAUAUCUGCCAUGGUUGUCUCGCCACAUUUUAUAAUGAUCCAGAAAUUCCUCCCCUCUAGUGCAAAAAGCUCCAAGAUGGCCUACGAAGUCUACCGAAACCGAAACUCCUCCGAUGGCGACUUCAAGCUUAUCAGUGACAUGUACGCGCGUGUCAUGGGAGAAGACAAAGUCCUCUGCAACAAUGCUCAGAAGAACCUCGACCGAAAUGUCUUUACAAGUGGCGAGCUUCACCCCAAAUAUGAGAAGGCGCCGCUGUUUUUCCAGAGCACUGUCCGCGACGUCAUCACAGAGCACUUUGAGCGUGAGAAAUCCGAGGGGCGGGAGAUCUGGCCGGCGAAACCGAAGGUGUCAUGCAAUGCAGGUGUUAGUGAGAAGGAUGAGCAGAUUUGUGCUUCUCUGGCCUGUGGAGCUCAGAAAGAGGUUCUAGCUUGGUGA